GUGUUUUCAUGGUCUCUCUGGCUCAAAGUGAGAAAACCUCCAACUACCACAGUGCAUUGCGCUCGCUGCCCCGCCCACCUGUUUCCGUUUAAAAGGGGGAAGGACCCAUGCGAGCAAACAAACUUUAUUCACAAAGUUAUUCACGAACCGUCGUUGACUAGUUUUGACUCGUUUUUCCAAAAGCAAUCAUGCCCAGUGGUUGUUUGGUACCCGGUUGCACCGAAAAGUCGAGGUUGGGACAGAGUGUAAGUUUUCACGGUUUGCCAGUGAUAGACGCUCAGCGUUGCAAACUAUGGCUGCGGGCGAUAAACAACCACAGAGUUGGAGAAGACACCGGGAAGGAAAUUAUAAAAGGAAAAACGAUAUGCAGUCUCCAUUUCAAACUGGAGGAUUUUGAUGGAAGACUUUUCGGCAAGAUAAGGUCCGCACUCAAACCAACUGCUGUUCCGUGCGUCUUCGCUGUGGGCCCGUGCCCAGAUGACGAACAGGCCGGGGCUUCUAAUGCACCUCCCGCAGCGAAACGCAGUCGCCUACAGAACGCUGAUAGUGGUCAUGGCGCAUUGACUCUCUCUGCAUCCUCCAACCCGCUGAAGACCUUCCCUUUGACAUCCACACCAGUGAAAACCUUUCCCUCGGACCAAGGACUAUCGACAUCGUGCCCCGACACACCUGGGACCCUUGAUUCAAGUUUUAGCACUGUGGGUGAAGCAGACGAAAACUACCAGCCCAACACAACUGUCACCCCCACGUCAACGUCUUCAUCAGAAGAUGAAGGCAUCAAUGACUGGCACGGAAAGAAGAUCAUUGUGAAUGAGUCCUGCUUGAUGUCACUUUUCAAAUUUUGCCAGAUGUGCGGCAAGCCUCUGUCAUCAACCCAACGAUUCUAUAUAAGGUUUCAACAUCCUCACUUGCCCUGCCCCAGCCUGCGCUGCCACCUAACAUUGCACCAGUGCCAAAACCACCAAAGGAGGCGGCAGUGGCUGAAUUAAAAAGGCGCUUCUGAGAGGGACAUCUGACCUAUUUUAUCUAUUUAAACGUAUCUUUUAUAAAACAUUUGUUUUCAAUCUUAUCUUUGUAAAUAUUGGAUCAUUUUCCUUUGUGAAUAAAAUCUUAUUGUUUUUACUACCUUA